AUUCAACAUGGUUCCCGAGCAACGGAGACGCGCAGCUCCUUAGAGACGGACAUGAGCCUGAGAACAAGCAGGCGGCCGGGAUGAUCACACACGGGGCAGGCUGACUGAAAAGACUUCAAAAAUGACACCAAGUGAAAAGCACAAACUGUAUGCAGAUGAAGAAAUCCUCAAAGAGCUGUGUGUUGGCAACGGGAUUUUAUACGACAAAGUCUCUCAGGAUGGCGAGAGUGUUUCUGUGUUGGAGAUGUUCUUCUCUGGCUAUCCCCGCAUGGUUGGACUCUCAUAUUUUCCCAAACUGAAAACUCUCAUGCUGGUGGGACAAAGCAUUCGACGUAUUGAAGGGCUGGACAACUGCCCUCUGCUCAGGGAGCUCUGGAUUAUUGAAUGUCAACUAACGAAAAUUGAAGGCCUUCAAAGUUGUAUUCAGUUACAAAAACUUUUCUUGUAUGACAAUAAGAUUGGGAAAAUUGAUAACUUGGACUCUCUGGAAAAACUGGAAGUUCUUUGGCUGAACAACAACUUGAUUAACACAAUCGAGGGCUUGAAAACCAUACAGAGUUUGAGGGAGCUGAAUCUUGCAGACAAUGGUAUUGAAAAAAUUGGUGAAAGUCUUGAUUCAAAUUUGCGUCUAGAAAAACUGAACCUCUCUGGAAAUAAACUAUGCUCCUUUAAGGAACUGACUCGUCUCGCAAACCUCCCAUGCUUAACUGAUCUAGCGCUGAAGGAUCUGCAGUAUCACCCAAAUCCAGUCUGUCUUCUGUGCAACUACGCCACACACAUGAUCUACCACAUGCCAAAGCUGCAGAGGCUCGACACAUGUGACAUCUCCAACAAGCAGAUAAAAGAUGCAGCAGAGAGCAUUGUGAUGAAAAAAAUGAUGUACUACAAGAUGAGAGUGAAGACGGUCCAACGGCAAUUGGCUGAAAUGGUGACACGAUUGACAGAGAAAAAAAAUGAAAUCCAGCAGUUGCCAGUUCAGCAGCUGAGGAAUCUGAUGUUUGUGCUAAAAAGUCUGGAGUACGAAUUAUCCGAGAUUCAGACUUCAUCUCCCAAACCAAACAGCAAGUCGCCCACCAGAUCCGCCGACAAACAGCAUUCUGUUUCCGAGGAAACGAAAGAUGACGGGGACAAAGCUGAAGAACCCUUGAAAGACCUGAACAUUGAGCAAAAAAUUGUCUGCAAAGCUGCAAAGAUCAAAGAGAGGCUUAUCUUUUGGAAAAGGAAAUUGGAUGAGAUUGAGAAGUGCUUCCAGAAGGAGCUGCAAAGAACAACAGAAUUUAGUGAGAUCAUGGAGCAGUUUUUACUAAUGGAGCUGGAGACUGUUGGAAAUAUUCGAUUUGAGGAGGGCUGCCCAUCUGAUGUCUGGUUCAACUCCUGUUACGAUUUGAUCCUCUCUCGUUUCUGCGCCUCUGAUUUCCAAACAUACCAAAUCACAGGAGUGAAAAUCUUAAGAAUCGUCAAAGUGCACAAUCAGAUGCUGAAGCUGAGGUUUGAAGAAAAAUCGCACACCCUGCUGGCCAGCGAGGAGUCGUCCUCUUUCCCCCAAAGUUAUAAGAGACUGAUGGACUACCUUUUCUAUGUUAAUAAUCCGGAACUUAUGAAUGGGAAGACUGAACUGCUGUCCAUCCUGGAGAAUGGCUUCAUGAAGACUGAUUCGUAUAAGGCUCUCGGUAAAGAGAAAGCUGUGCCACUGUCUAACAGUUUCAGCCUUUGUGAAGAGCCCAGACUGGAGCAUUUAAAGGGGCAAGCUGAAGUAUCAGGCCAGACCAACCUAGAUCCUGUUCCUUUCCGAUAUGGUCAGCUAAUCAUUGCCAAAGUAUUCCUUGGAAGAAGUGCUCAGGCCAAUGAGGGUCCAAUUGAGGAGGCUAACUACCCAAAGGCGCAUUCUGUCUUUCGUACCCGAAGAGUACCAAGAGGUUCAGGAGCUGCAGAGUCAAAAGAGGCGUCCUGUACAGCAAAUCAACACGGGAACUGUGACUGCAGUGUGAGACAAAAUGAGUGGUUUGUAUUUGACCACGAGCUUGUCCUGCCAGAGUACGUCAUUGACUUUGAGUACCUCACUGAGGAGAAGCCAAUGCUUCAGUUCUCCUCUCUACUUGAAGUCAAGUCUCCUGGAGUGACAGAUGAAGGUUCAAGUAAUCUGAAAGAAGUCAUGUUUAAGGGUGCCACUAGCCUUGAUGAAGAAAUCUUAAACAUGGAACCAAUCUACAAGCCCAAACCAAAAAUAAUCAGCCUUGAUGAAAAGACGAUCCUGUCGGUGUGCAAAGCAAAUAUCCUCAGCCAGAUCACAACUCUCAUUCUUCAUGGGAACAGUUUAAAUAAACUGAAAGAUCUGAACUGCUUGACUUCUUUACGAAAACUCUCAAUCAGCUUUAAUGAAUUUACCCAUCUAGAAGAUGUCUCACACCUGCCCAAUUUAGAAUACCUGGAUGCAAGCCACAAUCACAUAGCAGGCCUGGAGGGAAUGAGAAGCCUAAGCAAGUUGAAGCAUUUUGAUCUGAGCUGGAACUGUCUGACGAGAGUGAGAGAUGAGAUAGCCAUCCUCCGCAAGCACACCCCUGCCCUUCUCUACCUGGACAUAUCAAACAACCCGUGGCUAAAGACAGACUCCCUACGACUGGCAGUGAUAGGCCGACUGAAGAGCCUGACUCAUCUCAAUGGCGUCCCUGUCACGGAGGAGGAGGCAGCUGCAGCACUGAAGAGAGUUACUGGGUCCAGGAUAACUCAGGUCUCUCUGUUGGCUCACUCCAGAACUGAUGAAGUACGACCCCGAAGCCUCAGUCUGCUCUCUUCUGCCCAGGUCCUGUCUCAGCUUAGCAAUAAAAAGCUCGGCCCUGUCGAAAAACUGGAAACAGGCUGGUAUUUAAAGAUCACUUCCUUGAAUCUCAACGGAGUGAGCCUCACACGGUUGACCAACCUAGACAAGCUGCAUAACCUGCGCUGGGCCUCUUUCAACGACAACGAUAUCAGCAGAAUUGAGGGCUUAGACAACUGCCAGCGCAUCGAGGAAUUGUCACUGGAUGGGAACUGUGUUUCAAAACUUGAAGGACUUUUAAAGUUGACAAAACUAACACGGCUGAGUCUGAACAGCAACCGCCUGACUUCACUGGACACAGGGGUGCUUGAGAAACUGCCUCACCUUCACUGCCUCUCUGUUGAGAACAAUCAUAUCAGCUCCCUGCAGGGCCUGCACAAAGUUUCCUCCUUGAUUGAAUUUUAUAUCGGAAAUAACAAUAUAUCUACAAACCGGGACAUCUACCAUCUGAAGGGUCUCUCCAACCUUAUUAUUCUGGAUUUGUUUGGCAAUCCGAUUGUGCAAAAUCAAGAAAACUACAGACUCUUUGUUAUAUUCCAUUUGCCAACACUCAAGGCCCUGGAUGGAUCCGCGGUGGAGCCCUCCGAAUGUGAAAAUGCAAAGGACGCCUUUGGAGGCCGGUUAAGCGCCGAUAUGGUCACAGAGAAGUUGGGACACUCGGACUACUCUGACAUCCAUGAGCUUAAUAUAAUCGCAGCUGUUAUAUACAGGACGGUGGACCUUUCACCUGCUGAGCUGUUUAAAUCCCUACGGAGUGUGAAUUUGGAGCAUAACAGUCUGACGUCAUUUUGUGGCCUAAUUUUCCUUCCCAAUGUGAAGGUGUUGUAUCUGAGCCACAACCAUAUUGAGUCUAUUCUACCCCGUCAAAAAACACAGUCACAAGCAACCAACCGGCCGCUGCUGUAUCACAAAGUGGCCUCCAGUGGAUAUGGGCAACCCUCCAAUUCCAAGGGCUUCAGGGACACUGGACUGACUGAAAACCAACCAAUUAUAAUGGAAAGCUUAGAGGUGCUUCAUCUAGGCUACAAUGGAAUCUCCAACCUCUUGCAUCUUCAGAUUGGACGACUUGGAAAUCUAAAAGCGCUCUAUCUUCAAGGCAACGAAAUAAGCCAAAUAGAAGGGCUAGAAAACCUCCAUCGCCUUCAGGAAUUAGUGCUCGAUCGCAAUCGGAUCAAGUCAAUAAAUGAGAAUUCCUUUGUGGGUCAGACAUCUCUCGCUGAGCUGCACUUGUCUGAAAACAGGAUACGGGAAUUGAGCAACUUGCAGCCGUUACCAGAACUGCGCAAGCUUUUUUUAGGGACAAAUAAAAUCCAGGAUAUGACGGAGCUGGAGAAACUGGAGAGCCUGCCUAAACUUACUGAACUCACACUUACUGGCAAUCCUGUGAGUCGCAAGGUGAUCUAUCGGUCUACAGUCAUACUUCGAAUUCCUGGCCUUCAGACACUUGAUGGGACUGGAGUGACAGUGGAAGAGAGAACGAGAGCCGAGCUUCAGCUUGCAGAUCAGCAGGGAUCUGUGCCUGCUAAUUCUACACUUGAAAUCGGUCUGUCUGGUUUUCUGCCUGUCAUGACAAAGCCAGCCCCUCUCCGAAUGAACAACAUGCACAUGACUGGUGGGCUGCAGCACUUGAUGAGCCAAGAUGUCCUGUCCCAUGGAUUUGAGGAUGCCUUGCCCCACGAGACCAUUAAAUAUAAAAAGUAUAAACACACUAGCGGACUCAUCACGACAAAUUCUCGGAGUGUUCAUGCUGAAAUUGCUUUCCGACAGCUGAGAGGUGGUUCUGGAUUUCCGUCAGCAUCAGCAAUGCAGCAGAACCUGCUAUCUCGCCUUUUGCCAUCUUACCCAAACAGCCAUGACCAGGAACGAAGGUUCCAAAGAAGCAGUGCUCACAGACCAGCACGGAUGUAACAAGAUGGCCCAGCUCAGAAGAGACUGUGCUGGGUAGAGACACUUAAAACGAUGAGCUGAGUACUAAAGAGAGGAAGCAGGAGCUGUAUAAUAGUUUACAGUCAAGAUGGCCCCACUGCAAACCUGCUGUUAAUAAAUUAUUUAGAAUUUUGAA